GCUCAAAGGUCAUUUGAUCGAUUGAUUCCCCGAUGCAUCCUUCCACCCAUUCACUUAUCUCACUUUACUCCUCACGCUAAACGAUAUAUGUCGCGAUCCCAUCCACCAGCACCGCCAUUCGGAUAAGGCGAUAAGAGACGAUAAAGCCUUUUGACGACAGGCAAACCGACAAACAUCUCGUCAACAUUUGACUUGCCCAUCUCACCUAUUUCCACGGCGAAUACCUCCAUACCUAUUGGAUUGCACACUUGACUUCUUCUCCUCUGGAAUUCUAUGCACAUAUCGAAACUCUGCAAACACACGUUCAUACCGCCUGACGUAAUUUCCGACCCAAGACGAGAAACAACAAAGCCUGACGGGACCCGACCGCUUUGGAAACCUUCUAGAUAAAAUCCAAAUCCAAAUCCAGAUCCAAAUACGAUCUCUAUCUGCAUUUGCGUCGCCUCUACACGUAUUGAUUCUCUGCAUCCUAAAUCCAACUUGACUCGUCGCUCGCAGAGAAGAAUAGCAUCAAAUUCCCACCUCGGUCUCUACACAAUCUCGAAAUCUGGAGAAUACCCCCAUCUUCCCCUCCUUCUCAUCUUGACAAACUUUCCUCUUCCCCCCACGAACAGAUCCGCAAGAUAGAGAAGAACGAAAAGAUCUCACAAAAGAAGAAAGAUACCGUCGCAGACGAAAUCAUGGGGCUUUCAUAUAAUACAUACCUAACCAGUAAUAAGAUAUAUGGCUGCAAGGGCUGCAAGACACAUUUGAGUACGCACGAGGAGAUCAUUUCACGGAAUUUCCGCGGCCAACACGGAAAAGCGUAUCUCUUCGGCACCGUUGUCAAUAUCCUCCCAGGCGACCCCUCAGAAAGAAACAUGACGACCGGUCGCCACAUCGUCAGAGACAUAACCUGUAAGCGCUGUAAUGAGUGUGUGGGCUGGAAAUACGACAAGGCGUAUGAAGCUAGCGAGAAGUACAAGGAGGGAAAAUACAUCCUGGAGGCGGAGCUUUUGUGUAAUGUUUGUUAGUGGAGGGCGUGAAAUUGCAGGGAGAGAUGAUGAGGAAAGAGGAAGGAAAUGGUGGGAUGGUAGAGAAUGAAAGGCGAACGGAAACAUGGAGUCCGGCAUCAGGAUUUCCUUUACUUUUAAACACACUCGAUCGACCACACAGCGACUACAUGUCUGGAGUUAAGAGUUUCGAGAGCGGGCUAUGCUAUUGGGUCGGGGGUUUGCGUUACAGAUGAGAUGGUGUUUUUUGUUUUCCUUUCUUCAUCAUGGGAGUGUCUAUGGGUUUCAUUUGGGAGAAAGGAAGGAUGGGAAUGGCGAUAUGGAUGUGGAUAUGGAUAUGGAUAUGGAUACGGUAUUAGGAGGCAUGCAAUUUCCCUGAAAGACUGAUUGGUCGUUACUUGAGAUACGUACA